AUGGAAGAUAAGCUCUACAAGCGAAGCCUUAUCGAACCAUAUCUAACAUGCAUCCAUGGCGAAGAAGCUUACACCGUAAUGCACGAGACUCAUCAAGGACCUUGCGGAAGUCAUUCCGCAGGCCGAGCUCUCGUCAUACGGAUUAAAAAGCUAGGCUACUUCUGGCCGACGAUGAUCAGAGACUGCGAACAGUACUCCAGGCGAUGUGACAAAUGCCAAAGGCACGCCCCAAGCAUUCACGUCCCAGCUGAAACACUCUCAUCGAUCUCUUCACCUUAUCCUUUUAUGAGGUGGUCUAUGGACAUAAUAGGACCUAUGGUCUCUUCGGGACCGAAGCAAUUCCAAUACCUAUUAGUCCUUACUGACUACUUCACUAAAUGGAUCGAGGCCAAACCAUACCAACAAACGACCGAACUCGAGGUCCGGAAAUUUAUCUGGAAAGACAUCAUUUGUCGACACGGGCUCCCUUUCGAGAUCGUGACAGAUAACGGAUCUCAGUUCAUAGCUCGAACAUUCAAAGACUUCUGCAAGAAGUGGAACAUACGCAUAACGUAUUCCACACCUCGUUACCCUCAAGGGAACGGGCAAGCUGAAGCAACAAACAAAACCCUCUUGAGUAACCUCAAGAAACGACUCGACGCCCGUAAACAUAGGUGGUCCGAAGAGCUCGCAGCAGUUCUUUGGGCUUGCCGAACUACACCUCACAAAGCUACUCAUGAGACCCCGUUCUCAUUAGCUUACGGGCUAGAGGCCGUCAUCCCAACUGAAACUUCCGUUCCAAGUCUUCGCAGGAUGCAAUGUCCAGCGAACGUCGAGCUGAACGAAGAAAUGUUGAGAGAUCACCUUGACCUUAUCGACGAACGUCGAGAUCAAGCUCUGAUCCGGAUACAAAACUAUCAACAGGCCGCAGCUCGCUAUUACAACUCCAAGGUUAAACACCGGAGCUUUCGUAUAGGCGACAUGGUUCUGAGAAAAGUACAAGACUAUACCAAAGAGCGCAAUGCAGGGAAACUUGGGACCAAUGGGAAGGUCCCUACCUCAUUACCGAAGUAG